ACAGAGAUUACAAAGAGUUCUGCUGAAGUGCACUACAGACUAGUUUCACGUGUGCUGCCCUUUUAAAACAUCUUAGUAAGAGAAAGACGGUCUUUUUAAAGGGUAAUAUGAGUCUGCUAUCUCUUGUUUUGUCCCUGGUCUUGAUUUCAGUCCAGUUAUCUUGGGCUCAGGAAGAUCCUCUUCUUCCUUUCUCUGAACACCUGGACCCCGAGCAGAAGGUACGACUGAAGUGGGGAUUCGAUGAGAUCCAGGGCACUAUUUUAUUCGAGCUCACCGUCAACACCAGCGGCUGGAUCGGUUUUGGCUUCAGCCCCAACGGAGGAAUGACUGGAGCUGAUAUCGUCAUUGGAGGAGUCGGACCAAAUGGCAGCUAUUUUGCGGACUGGCAUGCUGCGGGGAAUUCAAUGCCUGUGGUCGACCAGCAACAAAACUAUAAACUCCUGUCUCUAAACCAAUCGGAUGGGAAAACAGUCAUGAAGUUUCAGAGGUCCAUCGAGUCCUGUGAUGAAGAUGAUUUACCCAUCACUAGUCUUCCCAUCAAGCUCAUCUACGCUUAUGGACUGAAUGAUGACAUCACAUACCACGAUACCCGAAGAGGAACGAAGGAGGUGAACCUGUUGAGGUACAAGCCUCGGAUAAGUCCUCCAGACAGCCAGUAUUUCGACCUGACCACAGACAAUUUAACGAUACCAACUGAAAAAACCUACUAUCACUGCAAGAUCAUAAAAGGACCCACUUUCAGUCAGAAGCAGCACAUUUAUCGCUUUGAGCCAUUAAUCCGAAAUGUGGAUCUGGUGCAUCACCUGCUGCUGUUUCGCUGUCCUCCAGGUGUAACAGAUGUAUAUGAAGGACAAUGUUACACAGGAGUGCAAAAAGAGGAGUGUAUGGAGGGCGUGGCACUGUGGGGUGUUGGUGGAGGGGCUUUUGAAUUCCCUGCAGUUGCCGGCCUUCCGAUUGGAGGAAAUAACGCCGAAAGUUUUUAUAGGCUUGAAGUGCAUUACAACAACCAAAAUAACACUGAAGGUCGAGUUGAUAACUCUGGUUUAAGAUUGUACUAUACAUCUGAGCUCCGUCAGUAUGAUGCUGGUAUUUUGGGGACGGGGCUUGUGGUGGCUCCUGGAUAUGCCAUCCCACCUCGGGCGAAGGGUUUCAUGACUUACGGCUUAUGUGACACAGCUUAUAUUCCACAGGUUCUGUCCGAGACUCCACAAGAUUUUCAGGUGUUCGCUGCAAUGUUACACACACAUUUGGCUGGACGAAAGGUGCGAGUUGGACACUUCAGAGGGGGUAAACAGAUUGAUCUCCUUGCUGUGGAUGAAAAUUAUAAUUUUGAAUACCAGGAUGUGACAAAUUUGGGUAAAACUAAGACUGUGAAGUUGGGCGACAAAUUGCUGGUGCAGUGCAUUUACAACACAGAAAACCGCACAAAACUCACAUGGGGAGGACUCUCAACUACAGAUGAGAUGUGCUUGGCUUUCCUCUUGUAUUAUCCUGCUAUGAGUGUUUCUGGGUGUAUGAGCUUCCCGAAUUUAACUGCUUUAAGAACCGAGAUGGGAAACCCAGAUGAGACUAACUGGCUCACUAUGAUGUCUACAAAGGCUUGGGAUGACGCAUCUAUAAGUCAGUACCAACAAACGCUGAAAAGAAUCGACCAGUUUGUUAUUGUCGCUGGCUCAAAUAAUAACAUAUCACGCAAAAUUGGGAAGAUUCCUGAUCUCAAAGUCGUUCCCCAUGCACUCUGCAGGAGCGGUUGUGCCUCUGAAAGUCUUGCAUGGAUAUCACUGCUUCUCUCUUUGGCAUUGCAAUGGUUUUCUUAAACUUUAAUAUCCACAUAAAUGCAUAGUUUUCUUGUUUCACUGUAGUUUUGUUAGUUAAACUGUAAAAUGUUUUUCUACUUUUUGUGAUUACAAGUGAAAUAAAUAAACUGAAUUUUA